AUGAAGCUUUUUCUGCACAACAUACUUACUUCUCGUGUCUUAAAGUCUGUGAAAGUGGGAUAUCCACUAAAAUUGAAAGCCAACGCAUUAAAAGUAUCAACAGUUGAUUAUGACCCUGCAUCAGUUGCCCGUUUGAUUCCGAAAGUUGAGUGGUCUGUUGUGAAGUCAGUAGCAGAUGAAAUUGGUGAAGAAUAUAUUCCUUGUUUGCCAGAAGAAGUCCCGGCUAAUUAUUCGGAAAACGAAGAGUUCUUAAAAUUGGCACACCGAGCACUUCUUGAAGUCGACGUAAUGGAGGGUGUACUGGUUUGCCCAGAAACUGGUCGAGAGUUUACCAUCUCAAACGGAAUUCCAAACAUGUUGGUCAACGAGGGUGAAUAA